AACCCGGGACCUAUUUAACCGCUAGGUAGAACGAUCUCGGGUAAAUUCCCCAUUCCCGCUUUCCCACACUACUCGAAUACCCUAUCCCCUACCCUGCAGUCCCUUUGAUUACGACGACGUCAGGGAGGAGGUCUGUCUUCCGUGUGUAUCCCCUAUCUCUUAUAAAGUUAGCGCAAACCGACUGGCAAUAAGCUCCAUUCUUCCUCUUCUCCCGGAACCAGCAAACAUCUUCACCAUAUAACCAACCAACGAGAUAAAAUAGAUUCGGUUCAGAAUGCCACCGAUAAUUGACUCUCAUAUUCACCUCUUCACCGAAGACCACCUUCCACACCUCGCCUGGGCAACCCCGGAAAACUCCCUCUACGCCCAAAACUCCAUCCCAGAGUAUCUCUCUGGCAUCCCUCCUUCUGGGCUCGCCGACUUUAAGGGGUUUGUGUUCAUCGAGACGGAUAGACGCUACACCAUCCCCUCUAAUGAGGCAAUUUCUAAAAGUGACACUGUUGCGUUGAAGAAGGCGUGGCAAUGGCCGCUAGAGGAAUUCGAGUUUGUAUAUGGACUUUCAAAGACGCAUGCUCAUGGCAAGUACGUCCUUGGGAUCGUUCCUUGGGCCCCGAUGAAUCUUGGGGUUUUGGCAGUGGAGAGGUUUUACGAGUUGCUGGAUGUUGGAGGGGAAGAGAAUGCCGAGAAGAAGGGAAUGUUGAAAGGAUUUAGGUAUCUCGUGCAGGAUAAGCCCUCGGGGACCAUUGGUGAAGUCAAGUUCCGGGAGAGUAUGGGGUGGGUGUGGAAGAAGGGGCUAGUUGUUGAAAUUGGGGUUGACACCAGGAGUGGUGGAUUGUGGCAGCUGGAAGAGGCUGUUAAGGCUAUUCAAGAAGUUGUCAAAGACUCGGAGGAUGUUGAGGGUGUUGGGGCUUUCGUUGUUAACCACCUUUGCAAACCAAACCUCCAAAUUGAUCCUUCCGAAAUCUCCUCCCACCCAACCUUCCGAACUUGGAAAUCCAACGUCAAAGCCCUCGCCGCUUCCCACCCUUCCAUCGUCAUGAAAAUAUCUGGUAUAUUCGCCGAACUCCCCCACGACGAGUCAUUCUCCAAACUCUCCGCCUCCCAGAAGGAGGGUGCAAUAAUCGCCCAUGUCACCCCCUGGAUCUCUGAAGUCCUUUCCAUUUUCGGUCCUGACCGGGUCAUCUGGGGGAGCGACUGGCCCGUCUGCAAGAUGGGGUUCGAAAAGAUUUAUCCAUCCGGAGAACUUAGUGCGUGGGAGACUUGGCGUGUAUUGGCGGCUAAGGUGAUGCAGAAGCUAGGUCAGGAUGAGGACGCGAUGGAGAAGUUGUUUUCGAGAAAUACUGUUAGGGUUUAUAAACUUAGAUGACGCACCCCAUCGAUGAAUGGUAGUUUGCGGUGGGUGAAUGGGCGGGUGCUUGAGGCUGCGUACGCUGUGGUUUAGACAAGAUUCCCACAAGCAAUGAUAUGCCAGCUGUUAUCUUA